AUGUCUAUUAAGGCUUCUCAGCAACAGUUGUUAAAAUCUUCUCCUUCAACCUACAAUACCGCAUCGAUGUACUAUACUGUCACAUUUGACAAGAUCUUGAUCGCAAACCGUGGAGAAAUUGCGUGCCGUGUAAUUAAAAGUUGUAAGAAAAUGGGCAUCAAAUCUGUUGCAGUCCAUAGUGACGUCGAUAGCAACGCUCUACACGUUAGAAUGGCUGAUGAAGCAGUCUGUGUAGGCGAGGCUCCAAGUAGGGAUAGUUAUCUCAGAAUGGAUCGUAUCCUGGAUGCAGUUAAAGCUACUGGAGCUCAAGCAGUUCAUCCUGGUUACGGAUUUUUGUCAGAGAAUCGAGAAUUUGCAAAGGCAUUGAAAGAUAAUGGUGUUACUUUUAUUGGACCGCCUGCAAAGGCGAUCGAGGCGAUGGGAGAUAAGAUAGAGAGUAAAUUGCUUGCUAAGAAUGCCAAAGUCAACACAAUUCCUGGAUUUGAUGGUGUUGUAAAGGAUGCAGAUGAAGCUGUCAAAAUAGCUAAUGAUAUAGGUUAUCCCGUAAUGAUCAAGGCUUCGGCUGGUGGUGGUGGUAAAGGAAUGAGAAUUGCAUGGAAUGAUGAAGAGGCAAGGGAAGGAUUUCGAUUUUCAUCUCAAGAAGCUGCUUCUAGUUUUGGCGACGAUCGUCUUCUUAUAGAGAAAUUCAUCGAUAACCCUAGGCAUAUAGAACUUCAAGUACUACUUGAUCAACAUGGAAAUGGCGUAUUUUUGAACGAACGAGAGUGCUCAAUUCAAAGAAGAAAUCAGAAGGUUAUUGAAGAGGCUCCAAGUACUUUUUUAAAUCCAGAAACUCGAGCUGCUAUGGGAGAGCAAGCCCUAGCCCUAGCGAGUGCUGUCGGCUAUUUCUCUGCAGGUACUGUUGAAUUCUUAGUCGAUUCCAAGAGAAACUUCUAUUUCCUGGAAAUGAAUACUCGAUUACAGGUUGAACAUCCAAUCACUGAAUGCAUUACUAGAGUUGAUUUGGUUCGCGAAAUGAUUAGAGUCGCAGCCGGAUAUAAGCUACCUUUUAAACAAUCAGAUAUUCCCAUUGAUGGAUGGGCCGUUGAGUGCCGUGUUUACGCUGAGGAUCCUUACAAGUCUUUUGGAUUGCCAUCGACUGGCCGUUUAAGACAAUACAAGGAACCUCUACAUGUGCCUGGAGUGCGGGUAGAUACUGGUGUAGUAGAAGGUAGUGAAAUUAGCGUUUAUUAUGAUCCGAUGAUUUGCAAGCUUGUAACACAUGGUAAAGACCGGACUGAUGCUCUUAGUAAUAUGAAGGAUGCCUUAGAUUCUUACGUUAUUCGAGGUGUCAACCACAAUGUUUCAUUAUUGCGUGAUGUACUAAGAAACCAGGAUUUUAUAAAAGGUAAUAUCACUACGAAAUUUUUAUAUGAAAAGUAUCCGGAUGGCUUCUCUGGUACAACUCUUAACGGAACACAACAAAACGAGCUAAUUGCCGGGGCAUGCUAUAUAUAUCUCAAGAAGCUAUUGCAAUCACAAGACUUUUUAUACUCUAAAAGUCAAAUUUAUAGAGCUGUACAGCCAACGUCUUGGGAUCUUGUAAUAAGCGUAGAAGAUAAGGAAUAUAAUGUUACCGCCCGAUUUGAUAAGAACAAUCUUAUUCUUGAUAUAAAUGGAAGCAAGGUUUCGAUGAGUAGCCAAUCGUCAUUUUCUUCCCCUGUACUGGAGGCGGAUAUUAACGGCAACAAAGUUACAAUGCAAACAAUUUCUCAUAAGCAACACGAUAUAAGAAUUCAGCAUUGUGGCACUGUGUUCAGCCCUACAGUUCGUAGCCGAAAACAGGCUGACUAUGUCCACCUUAUGCCUGAAAAGCCUAAAGUUGAUCUUAGCCCAUUUUUAGCUUCACCUAUGCCUGGUGUUCUUUUUUCCCUUUCAUGUGAAGUUGGUCAAGAGGUUAGUGAAGGUGAUGAGCUGGCCGUAAUAGAAGCAAUGAAAAUGCAAAAUAGUCUAUUUGCAGGGAAGACAGGAAAGGUAAAGAAAGUUUACUUUACACCUGGCGAUUCUGUAGGAGAGAAUGAUGUGAUUUUAGAAAUAGAAUAA